GUCUGCGAGCUGUCGCCGGCUCCGCGCGGGGGGGGGGCGCGGGCCGGGCACCCCCGGGACGCGGAGGAGCACUGUUUGCUUCUCUGUCGUCUUUCCCCCCACUCCACACUCCCGGGCACCCUCAAGCCAGGCCGCACUGCUUCCCUUUCCCUCUUGUCUCGUCCCCCGGCAAACUUUCGGUCCCUCCCCCGCUGGUCACCCGUUAUUCGUCGUGGCUCAAACCCGGCCUUGCCUCCCUGAGGGCUCCUCCGGACCUCCCUGCCUGCAACUCCGACCAUUUCAGGAUUCAGAAACAUGUCGACCACACUUCUGUCCGCCUUCUACGAUAUCGACUUCUUGUGCAAGACGGAGAAAUCCCUGGCCAACCUCAAUCUGAACAUGCUGGACAAGAAGGCGGUGGGGACGCCCGUGACCGCCGCCCCUAGCUCGGGCUUCACGCCGGGCUUUCUCCGACGGCACUCGGCCAGCAACCUGCACGCGCUCGCCCACCCCGCGCCUAGCCCGGGCAGCUGCUCGCCUAAGUUCCCGGGCGCGGCUAACAGCAGCAGCUGUGGCAGCGGGGCGGCGGGCGGCCCGACCUCCUACGGCACCCUUAAGGAGCCGUCAGGGGGCGGAGGCACGGCCCUGCUGAACAAGGAGAACAAAUUUCGGGACCGCUCGUUCAGCGAGAACGGCGAGCGCAGCCAGCACCUCUUGCACCUGCAGCAGCAGCAGAAGGGGGGCGGCGGCUCCCAGAUCAACUCCACGCGCUACAAGACUGAGCUGUGCCGGCCCUUCGAGGAGAGUGGCACGUGCAAGUAUGGCGAGAAGUGCCAGUUCGCGCACGGCUUCCACGAGCUACGCAGCCUGACCCGGCACCCCAAGUACAAGACCGAGCUGUGCCGCACCUUCCACACCAUCGGCUUCUGCCCCUAUGGGCCACGCUGCCACUUCAUCCAUAACGCAGACGAGCGGCGGCCCGCGCCGUCGGGGGGCGCCUCUGGGGACCUGCGCGCCUUCAGCGCGCGGGACGCGCUGCACCUGGGCUUCCCCCGGGAGCCGCGGCCCAAGCUGCAUCACAGCCUCAGCUUCUCGGGCUUCCCGUCGGGCCACCACCAGCCUCCGGGGGGCCUCGAGUCGCCGCUGCUGCUCGACAGCCCCACGUCGCGCACGCCGCCGCCGCCACCCUCUUGCUCCUCGGCCUCGUCCUGUUCCUCUUCCGCUUCGUCCUGCUCGUCCGCCUCCGCAGCCUCCACGCCCUCUGGCGCUCCGACGUGCUGUGCCUCGGCGGCGGCUGCGGCCGCAGCGGCGCUGCUGUACGGCACAGGGGGCGCCGAGGACCUGCUGGCGCCCGGCGCCCAGUGCGCUACCUGCUCGUCGGCCUCGUGCGCCAACAACGCCUUUGCGUUCGGCCCGGAGCUGAGCAGCCUCAUCACGCCGCUUGCCAUCCAGACCCACAACUUCGCCGCCGUGGCCGCCGCCUACUAUCGCAGCCAGCAGCAGCAGCAGCAGCAGCAGCAGCAGGGCCUGGUGCCCCCCGCGCAGCCCCCGGCGCCGCCCAGCGCGCCCCUCCCUGCCAGUGCCACCGCGCCGCCCUCGCCACCCUUCAACUUCCAGCUGCCGCGCCGCCUGUCCGAUUCGCCGGUCUUCGACGCGCCCCCUAGCACCCCGGACUCGCUGUCGGACCGUGACAGCUACUUGAGCGGCUCAUUGAGCUCGGGCAGUCUCAGCGGCUCCGAGUCCCCCAGCCUCGACCCUGGCCGCCGCCUGCCCAUCUUCAGCCGCCUCUCCAUCUCUGACGAUUGAGGCAAGAGGGCGCCAGCGAGGAGGAGGAAGGGGGAAGGCUGUUCUGGGGGUUGGAGGGCGCCCCUGCCACCUGGAGCCCUGUUACGAGCAGGGAGGGGCGCGGGAGUUGGGGGCUGACAGGCCAUGAGCAGAGACUGCGGGCCGCACCGAGCACUUGGACUCCAACUUGUGUGCCGGGAGGGGCCCCACCCCUCCCCUUUCGGUUUCCUCUUUUUGUUUUUUGUUUUUAUUAUUUUUAUUAUUAUUAUGAAGUUUCAUUCUUGUUGAGCAAAAAAAAAAGCCAACGAACUUUUGUAUUUGAUGAACAAAAUACUCACAACAGGGCAGUUGUGAUGCGAACAGAACAAAAAACCAAACACUUAAAACUUUUUUAGGUCUCCUAGGAGUUUGGGACUUUAGGGGAAAAAAAAAAAAAUCAACCCAACACCAGCAGCUACCAACCACCAUUCCGUAUCUUCACUUGAAAAGCAUUAGUUACAGUCCAGAUGUGGGAACUCGUAUGUGAGAGAAGUUCUUAAUUGUCGUUUGUCUUCAGACCAGUGUAAACAAACAGCCAGCCACCACCUUGCUAAACCUCUAAGCUUCUGGAAUCCAGUAUUCUACCAGGAAUAUGCCUUGACUGUAGUCCUCCGCUCCAUAGGUUUUUGUUUGACACAAAGUUCUUUAUGUCUGGAAAAAAAAACAAACGUGCAUUCCAAAGUUUCCUACUGGUUACUGGUUUUGUUGCCACCACUUAGUGGAUGUUUAAUUUUAGAACCAUUUUGUCUGCUCUUUCUGGAAGCCUUGGGCAGAGCUUAGUUCCUAAUCGUUUGGGGGAAUAACUGCUGAAUUUUUAGCUGUUUUGAGUUGAUUUCGCACCACUGCACCACAACUCAAUAUGAAAAAACUAUUUAACUUAUUUAUUAUCUUGUGAAAAGUAUACAUUGAAAUUUUUGUUCAUACUGUAUUUAUCAAGUAUGAUGAAAAGCAAUAGAUAUAUAUUCUUUUAUUAUGUUAAAUUAUGAUUGCCAUUAUUAAUCGGCAAAAUGUGGAGUGUAUGUUCUUUUCACAGUAAUAUAUGCCUUUUGUAACUUCACUUGGUUAUUUUAUUGUAAAUGAGUAAAAAAUCUUAAUUUAA